GUUUGUUGAUUACAUUUAUAGAAACAUCAGUAAUUUCAAGUAUUCUAAAUUAACUAUGUUAGAGAUAUGAGCAAAGAUAAUUAGAAAAUAUAAUUAUAGAUGAGUAACAAAUAUAAUCAAAUUAAGAAGAUUAAAAAAAUUAUAGAUGAUUAAGAAUAAUGGUUUGAAGGUAAUUCAAUUAAUAAUUAUAAGAAAUUUUUGAAUAUUAUGAAGAAGUGAUAUAUGAAUAUGAUGAAUAAGAUCCAGAUGAACUUAGUUUAGGAUCAUAGAUGGAUUUAGAACAUUUAAUUGAGAACUAUGAUAUACCUGAAGAUUGUUAUGAGGAAAUUGUGAGUAUAUAUGAAUAUUACGAUGUAAGUGAAGAAACUGAAAAAAUUGAUAGUAAUAAAAAAUCUAAUCAAAAAACAGAAAAUGAAAAUAAUUUUUAAGUAUUUAAUUUAGGAGAAGAAGAAUUUAUUGCUUUGGUCGAUGAUCAUAAAGAAAUUUUGGAUGAUGAUAUUUUAACAAUGAAAAAACCAAUUGAAUAAGAAGAAGAUGAAGAAGUUAAUUAGAAACAUUAAAAGAAAGAGAAUCCAAUUAAUAAAAAAUCAAAUAAUAAAAAAAUAAUAAAAAAUAAAAAUAAGAAAAAGAAAGUUAAAAAAUAAAAAAAGAAAUAGAAAUGA